AGACAAUCCAUCUUCAAUAUGGAUAUGCCCACAUCUACAACUAUGGACAUGAUAAUGACCAUGACCAUGUCGCCGACCACCACCGCCGCCAUGGGCAGCAGCACCGCAUCCUCCAGCAUGGACAUGGACAUGGACAUGGGCUCAUCCAGCUGCCAGAUCUCCAUGCUCUGGAACUGGACCACCAUCGACGCAUGCUUCCUCUCCAAAACCUGGCACAUAACCACCAAAGGCAUGUUCGCCGGCACCUGCAUCGGCACCAUCUGCCUAGUCGUGUGCCUGGAAUUCCUGCGUCGCGUCGCGCGAGAGUACGAUGCUUUCCUCAUCCGGCGGGCCCGUCUGCGGUAUCAGUUUCUGGCAAAUCUUGAUUCCCCUUCCGAAGGGGAGAGGAGAAUGCGUACGGCGCCGUCAGCUUCUGCUUCGACUUCUCGGUGCAAGGAUGCUGCUGCUGCUGCUGCCACUACAACAACUACUGCUGUAGGCACAGCGCCACCCUACCGCCCAACCCUACCCGAGCAACUCGUCCGAGCAACCUUACACAUGCUGCAGUUCGCCGUGGCGUACUUCGUCAUGUUGUUGGCGAUGUACUUCAACGGGUAUAUCAUCAUCUGUAUCAUCGUGGGGGCGUUUUUGGGGGCGUUGGUGUUUUCGUGGGAGGUGAUGGAUUCUGGAGACGGGGUGGGGAACGAUGCUACCGCUGUGACGAAGUGCUGUGGUUAGAGAUACUGGGCAUCAGUCGUUGCAGGGAUGGUCUUGGUAUACUGGAGAUGAUCGGGGUUGAGACAGUCUGCGAUGCAGACGCAUUACCCGCAUUCAACACUAGGAGGUCAAGAGAAAUUGAGUAUGAGGUUUUACCGAGGACCAUGGAGAUGGAGAUACAGUUCAGGAACGGAGGAGGAGCUGUUUUCAGUAUUGCAGGGUCCAGAAAUAGCCGGGUACAACUGUUACU